UCUGCCAAUCCCGUUCAGUACCCAUCACUUCCCAGCCCACGACUCGGCCUGCAGGAUGGCCUAUCGUCCAGGAGACGAUGGUCCAUAUGAUUGGGCCGCAGGGGAUGCCCACCAGCUCGAUGCCUCCUCGUCUUCUGGCAAAAGGAGAGCGGGAGGCAGCCGGGAGGACUCUCCCUUGCCCUUCACCAUAGACGUGCAGGGAGACACAGAUCAGCUCCUAGAAGGCAGACCGCCACCCAUCGCUGCCGGUGCGAGCUCGUCAACACCUUCCCCGCCACCACAAGCAGACACAAGUCGUCUGUUAUUACCAGACCACGUAUCCGCUCCCGCUCCUCGAUCUCCCGGCCAGCAGCAGGAGGCAGACGAGGAAGAUGAGGAGGAGGAGGAGGACUCGGAGAUCCAGGGCCAUCUUGGCGAUUUCACACAGAUGGAUGGAGAUGCUAGCGUGUCACGAUACUAUGAUGCAGCCAAGGCAGAGGAGAGGAAGCAAUUCAAGGAAUGUGAGAUCUGCGGAGAGAAGGGACAUGUCAAGAAGGAAUGCUCGCAUAUAUCGUGUGCUUCUUGCGGGGCAAUGGACGAGCACAACACUCGCAGCUGUCCUGUAGGCAUCUCCUGCUUCCGCUGUGGUCAGCGAGGUCACAGAGUCGCCGAUUGCAAAUCUCGACCUACAGCUCGUGGCGAAGUAUCCUGUCGCCGAUGUGGCUCCUCGAACCAUACCGAGCGCAACUGUCCCACAUACUGGAGAAUCUAUACCUACGUUGACGAGGACCAGUGGGAGGAGUUCCGAGCUCGCAAGUAUGCCAGUCUUCGCGCAGAGGAAGAAGAUCGGGAUCCAGAUCACUACACUGGGAGGAGUAGGAAGAGGCGCAAAGAGGCCGACAGUGACAUGGAUACGGACAGUGAGGACGGAGAGUCAAGCUACAUGGGCGCUCGUGGAGGCGGUCCAAGUCCGGACUGGGAUCCAGCGGUGCAGUGGUGCUACAAUUGCACCGCUCGAGGGACUCACUGGGGCGACGACUGUCCUCUACCACGCCGAGCCUAUGCAAGGAAUGGCGAGCCCUCGAUCUUCAGCGAAUUCAUCUCUCUUUCUGGCCCCUUUGCCCACAAGCUAGCACCUCCGCCGAUGCCAGAGGCAGCCCAUCCUGUAGCAGACAUGUACGAUGUCUCUGUGGGCCCAAAUGCCUCUAUGCACUUCUUCGGAGGCGCUGCUGGAUCGAGUCGAGGAGGAGCAAGGGGCGGGCAAAGUCUUGAAGAUUACGUAGACGGCGUCUUCGCCCGUGCUCCCAAGAGCAUCAGAGGCAGAGCCGAGAGAGAUCGUCGAGAGGAGAAGAGUAGUCGAGCUCAGCGGGACAAGGAUCGUCAGAGGGAUAGGGACCGCAAGCGAUACGGCGGAGUAGAUGAUUCACCUAGAGCUCCAGAACGAGUCUCGCAGACCGCAUCAGCUUCCAGGACCACGAUGAUGGGCACCGCGAACGGGAUCGCAAACGGAGACGGCACAACGAAGGGCACAGGCAAGGCGGCGGCGGUCGAGAGUCGAGAAGAGAGUCCCAUCGACCUGUCCAUCAGCGCUUCUAGAAAGAGACGGGCGCCUGAAGGAUCUGACAUCGACGAAGACUUUGAGUGGCACAAUCUCCACGAAGCCGGCCUCGCGCUCAAUGAAACUCCUCAAGCUGACACUCCACCUCCCAAGAAGAAGUCGAAGAAGGAGAAGAAGCUGAUCAAAGCUCUGGAGAAGCAGGCUGCUGCCAAUCUUCGCAUAGAGCAAGAUCUCAAGUCGCGCGGGUAUACCUACCGCGGUGCAAAGCUCAUCGAUCGUAAUGGCAAGAAGUUGAGCAAACCAGAGCGUCAGAAGCUCGAGGCUGCCGCAAGGAACAGGGAGGUUGAACGGAAGCUUCAGGCUACCGCAAAGAACAGGGAGGCUUCAAGACUGAAGGAGGCAAAUGUCAAGCCGCCAGCGCCGGCGUCGAAGAAGAAGAAGGCAGCGGCGGACCCUCAGCCAUCGAAGAAGGCAGUAGCUAAGUCAUCUGCCAAAGCUGGUUCGCCCAAGUCGACUCAGAAAGCUACUAAGGCCGCCGCGCCUGCAAAGGCUGCAAAGACUACUGCAAAGCCACAGCUGGAUGCUGCAGAGAUAGAAGCGAAGCAGGAGAAGGCUCGCCAGAAGACUGCUCGUCGAAAGGCGAGGAAGUCAGAGGCGAAGGCUGCAGAGCAGUCUAAAGGCGCUACGGCAGCAACCAAUGCUAAAGCCAAUGGUAAGACCAAUACCAAGGCUCAGACCAAGGCGGAUGCCAAGAGCAAGAACAAGACGAUGAUCAGAGACGCGAGCAUUGCAGCCAAGCUGGAGCUAGGACGUCAAGAGCAGCAGCAGCUGGAGCAACAACAUCAGCAGCAGCAAAUGCAGCAGCAGCAGCCUCCAACACCCUUGACUUCCCGGCAGGCCCAAAGUAUGCGCGAUAAAGCCCAAGCGGCCCAGCUGAAGACCGCAAAGGAAGCUGCCCGCUCCCAAGGCGCUGCUAUUAAUGCUGCUGCUGCUACUGCUACUCAAUCAGGGAGCAAAGAAAGAUUUUCAAAAGGCGAUGAGUAA